CACACACACACACACACACACACACACACACACACACACACACACACACACACUCAGGGCUAUAGUGACCAGUGGGAGGGAAAGACGAAAGACAGACUGUGAGAAGGAGUCUAAGCAGAGGCCUCGGUGUGUGAAAAAGUCAGGGGUCUGCAAAACAACAGCAGACCAAAUAUAACGGGCAAGUUCUGAACCACACAACUCAAAAGAGAGAAUCCAAUCAUUAAGUUUAUUGAACUUUAUUGUUUUUAGCAGCCGAUCCUUGCUGACCGCUGUUCUGCUGCCGGCGGCGCACAUCCCGUCCCGUUGGGAAUCACGGAAUGAGGCGCAGACACGGGGACUACUUCUCUCGUCUCCCCGGCCGGCCCGCGCAACGUUUCCGCCCGACUGACCGCGAUGGCCUUGGAGGCGGACGGCGACAGAGGUUCAUCAAGAAGUGCCCACGAAAAACGACCCCGGGCGGCUCUGGAGCGCAACGGCCACGCGGAGACAUGUGUCACCCCGCCGCACCGGGACGCGGGGGCCCACUCGCCGUGGCACACACUCGCCGCAACUUGGACGCGUCGAGGAGCGUCGCCUGCGCUCUGCGCUGCCUCCGUCUCUGUUAUCCUCGCUCUGCUGCUCGCAUUGGUCGACUGGGAUGCGGGCAGCGACGGAAAUAGCAGCGGCUCCGGCUCUCGUCUUCAUUCGAACGCGGGCUGCGCUGCGGAGCUGCUGGUGACUGCGUGCUACUGCGUGCACCCCGUUUGCGCACUCGCAUGUGCCUUCUUCUGGGGCGGGCUGUACCUCCUUCGCUGCGGGGUGCUCAUCCGCACCGCGGUUUUCCUGUUAGCCGUGUGCCUCCUGGGCGAAGCCGCGGCGCAGUUCCUCCUGCGCGGCGCCGAGGAGGAGCAGCUGCUGUCCCACCCCGCGACCCUGGUAGUCCUCGGCUGCCUGGGCAGCGGGGCUUUGCUGGUUGUCCGGCUGCGUCAGGGAGUGUCCAUCGUCGUCUUCGUCAGCGUCAUCAGGGCAGCGUCGGUCGUCUCUCUGGGCAGCUUGCGGGCCAGCUGGAGACCCUACCUGGCCUACCUGCUGGGACUGCUGGGGGUUUUGCUUGCGAGGUAUGCUGACCGGCUGCGGCCGGCCCCAGGGACCAGCGGGACGGGGUGCUGUGGCUCUGUGACCGGGGCGAAGGAGGAGGACAUCCCUGUCUUCAAAAGGAGACGGAGGUCCAGCUCCAUAUCGGCCUCGGAGAUGAUGGCUCACAGUCAGAGCAACAGCAAGUCCCACCGCAGGACUUCGCUGCCUUGCAUUCCGCGGGACCAGCCGUCGAGCACGAGCGUGGUGGUGGACAUCGCGGUGAUGGGCGAGGCCCGCGGCCUCAUCUCCGACCUGCUGGCAGACCCCUCGCUGCCCCCCAACACCUGCAGCUCUCUGAAGGCCGUCAGCAACCUCCUCGGCACCCAGAUCAGCCUGCAGCCCCUCCACCGGCUCCGCAUUCCUGCAGACACGCACACCUGCUCUGACUCUGAGGAGGGGCCCGAAAGAGCAGAGAGGCUGGCCAUUCCAAAGCGUAUAAGACGGAGUCUGCCCCCGGGAUUGCUGAGGAGAAUCUCGUCAACCUGGACCACGACCACCUCGGCUACGGGUCUGCCCACCUUAGAGCCGGGCCCUGUACGCCGAGACCGCUCAGCCAGCAUCAAACACACUGGCGACAGUGAGUCAUGGAACAACUCAGUGAUGAUGACCAUCUCAAAGAGUCGCUCCAUGUCUGCUUCCUGCGCUGUCUCCGUCACGUCCAACCACCUCCACGGCAAACCACCGGGAAGACCAGGUUUCCCCUCCUCCAACGAGUCCCCGCUGGGCUCCCCGUGCCCGUCUCCCCCUGUGCAGGGCACGCCGGUCUCAAGCCCCACCGUCACGACGUGUUCGGUGCAGCUCCCGGAGCCGCCCGGGCCUCUGGCCGAGCGAAGCCCGGACCCUGUGGCCCACAAGAGCCACCACAAGGCUUUGACUCACAGUCAGAGCGCCCCGAGCUCCACCACCCCUUACUGGCGGCCUCCGUCACUCUGCGGCAGCUGUGGAAGGCCAUUCAACCACCGGCUAAAUCGCAGGGCGGAAUCGGCCGACAAAGGGGACAGAAUACCCCAUCCAGAUGAGCGCGCCGUCGCUUCCUCGGACUAUGACAGCACCUACGACAGCACCUACGAGACCAACCACAGUGACAGCAGCGACUUUGCGCAGAACGAAGAGGAGGGAGAGGGAGGCAAGAAGCUGCCUGAAGCGAGGGAAGGUCGCAGCGGGUAUCUGGCGGAGGGCAUCGUCCUUCACCCGCUCCUGCCCUCCCCGGAGGAAGCCAGCGAGAGGAUUCAUCUGGAAAAACCGAUCUUGGCAGCGGAGCCUGUAACACUGCCAGAGCUGGAGCCUCUGUUGAGUCAACUCAACAACUGGAAUUUUCCGAUAUUCAGUUUAGUGGAGAAGACUCAAGGCUGCAUCCUCAGUCAGGUUUCCUAUAAGCUCUUUGAAGACACAGGUCUAUUCGAGACGUUCAGAAUUCCUGUGCAAGAGUUCAUGAACUACUUCCAUGCUUUGGAAAACGGAUACAGGGUCAUUCCUUAUCACAACCGGACCCACGCCACUGACGUGCUACAUGCUGUUUGGUACCUCACCACUCAGCCUGUACCAGGCCUGCCCACCGCUCUGACGGAGAAUGGGAUGAACUCCGUAGACUCAGAGAAUGGCAUUAACGCCGGUGCCACGUGCUUCCUUGUGUCCAAGAUGAACUCUGUGCUGGAAGACGGCUACGGCUCGCUGGCCGGCCUUAUCCCCGGCCUGGAGCUCAUGGCCCUGUACGUAGCUGCCGCCAUGCACGAUUAUGACCAUCCUGGAAGAACCAACGCCUUUCUAGUAGCUACUAGUGCACCACAGGCUCUUCUGUACAAUGAUCGUUCAGUCUUGGAAAACCAUCAUGCAGCUUCGGCGUGGAACCUCUUCAUGUCUCGACCUGAGUAUAACUUCCUGGCUAACCUUGAACACGUGGAGUUCAAGCGCUUCCGCUUCCUAGUCAUUGAAGCUAUUCUGGCCACGGACCUCAAAAAGCACUUUGACUUCCUUGCAGAGUUUAAUGCAAAGGUGGGUGAAGAAGGGGUGUCUGGUAUUGACUGGACCAACGAAAAUGACCGAUUGCUGGUGUGCCAGAUGUGCAUCAAGCUGGCUGACGUCAAUGGGCCGCUGAAGUGCAAGGAGCUGCACCUGCAGUGGACGGAGGGGAUCGUAAACGAGUUCUACGAACAAGGUGACGAAGAAGCAACCCUGGGCCUUCCCAUCAGCCCGUUCAUGGACCGCUCUGCUCCGCAGCUCGCUAAACUACAGGAGUCGUUCAUUGCUCACAUAGUGGGACCUCUGUGCUCGUCCUAUGACUCCGCCGCGCUCAUGCCGGGAUGCUGCGUUGACCUGCCUGAGGGGGAGUCCGAUCCAGAAGAAGAGAAAGACGAGGAGAAAGAGGAACGCGAUACAGAACAGGACGGUAUGACGGAUGAGGAAGCAUCAACGAGUUCUAACACCUCCCAGGAGAGAGAAACCAAAAAGGUGAGCCGGAGGAAAGUGUUCUGCCAGAUAACGCAACAUAUUCUGGAAAACCAUGAAAUGUGGAAAAGAGUCAUUGCUGCCGAGGAGGAGGCUGAGAGAGCCGACCCGAACUGCAUCGGCAGCCCGACUGAUCCAAUCACAUCCAUUCAUGAGGAAGAGGAGGAGCAAGCAAGCAAAGAGGAGUCCGUCGAUGGUCUUGAUGGAAGAGAAGAGGUGCCGACUAUAGAGGAAGAUGAAAUCCUUCCGCAAUCAGAGAGCUCAGGGGAAAAAGAGGAGGAUCCAGAGUGAUAUUAUGAACUUUGAACCUCCUACAACUUGGAAUCUGAACGUUGUUCUGAAAAUGUUUUUGUUUCUUUCCUAACUAAACUCUUGAUAUGGUAGCCAGCACAUCACUUUGACACAACACUGUAGAAGAUCUUUUGGGUAAUAUGUGCCUAACCAAAACUGGGAGGACAGGGAUGAUGCAUGCCCAGUUCAUCUGAUGAGAAGACAGUAGUAGUAGUAGAAGAAGAACAACCUGUGGUAUUCGUUAUGGCCGCGGAUCUUCCGCCCUGCCCUCGCCCAGGUCGCCCGUCCCGCACUACAGGCCGACCACGCUGACUCUCAGAUUCACCCUUCACCAGUGAGUAAUACACUGUCACCCUACCUCCCCCCGUUUUUGUGUUUCCCCUGCGUUUAUCAGCACAGCGUAGGGCCGCCCAGCUGGUUGAGGAUGUGCAACGGGUCCUUUCUCGGCGAAGACAAUGGGAUGAGAGCCAGGGGAAAAAGCUGUGUCCACUGAGGCUCAGGAGGGAGACGGGAGAAAGAAAAAGGGCCAGAUGUAGUCCAUUGUGUAUACAAACACACACCCGGACAGGCUUCACCGAUACAAAUACACAUGCAGCAACUGUAGAAACACGUUUCUUACUUAAAACAGAACCCCGUUGCUCUAAAAGCUUUAGAGCAUUGUUUCAUGGAAAACAAUGUUGGGAUUUAGAUCACACACCUACACGUUUCCAGGCCACGGAACUCAGGAAGGCAGAAACCUGUAGAAAAAAUGUAACAAAAAAAGGCACUUGCCUGUUUCUUUCCCUAACAUAUUUGCGGCACUACUUAUUUAUUUACAAGACAUGCGGUUUCCUUUCUGAAGUACAAAGGACCCACAAGAGAAACUAGAUUAGUGAUCACAUUAUGCUGUAUAUCACAGUGUCAUUUUGUGUGCUCUCAGUUUGAGCCCUUCAACACAGCAGAUCGUAAUCCUUUCAUAAUUUAAUCAUGUUUAAAAAUAACUCAACACAGCUAAUAAGGUAAGGUUUACUUUUCUAAGAAAAUGUAAUGUUCGCCCGCAUUUUAUGCCACUUCCCUUCCUUGUGCCAUCUUACGUUUAUAGUGCUCAGCAUUGGCAAUAAAUAUUCCUUCUUUGCAAUAACAUUUAUAGUAUGGUAUGUAGGUCAAAUAUUUUAGAGAGUUAAGUAAUCCCUUAAACCAAGCUCAGGCCAGAGCUGAUUCACACCUCCAAAUCACCCAAGAGCAUUUACAUUAAUAAGGCAUAAAAGAGAACGCAACCCCGUGGAGCCCACUGGCAUCUGGGACGCUCUCAAUCACAUCCAAAUCACUCAUAUUUUAUAAAGGCAAGUGCUGUUAACUGUGAUCAGAGUUUUCUCCCUACUGAGGAAAUCAGAGACAGCAAAUGGAAAAGACAGAAUGAGAGAUGUACACGUUUUACUUGCAGAUGAGGAGAUAAUUAUGCUUUCAACAGAAACAUGGCAUUGAAGAUGACACCUGGAUGUGCCGUGGUUUCUUUUAAAAGAAGCCCGGGCAACAGCGCAAAAGACAGUUCCAUUGAAAUCUGAUCACAGGUCAGCAGACCUCGGGUUGUUGUUUUUCUUCCUUAGUCGUCCUUUACUGACGAUGGAGUGUUCGGGUUAACAAGCUCUUAACCCGAACGCCGCGCUCUUCAUUGAUGUCGGUGCUGAUGGGAAAAAAAGUGUGAACAAGGAGCCUCAGUAAUGUUUCUGAGUCGUAGGAGUCUUAAGCUUAGCGCUGUUUUCACAUGUCAGUAAAUUCCAUAAGAUUCAGCCAGUUUGGUCAGAUUCUAAAUCAAUCGAUGACAUAUACAUUCACAAGUGUGCAGCAUGUGUUACACAUAAGAUACACUUGCUGAUCUUUAUUUCCAAAUUACACAAUGAAAAAAGGGGGAGCGGCGCUAGUUGUCAGGAAUAAGGAAUGUAAGCAUCAAUCUCCGUGGGACAAAAGUACUUUGCAACAUUGCAUUUGGAAAUCCCACAAAGAUUAGCCGAGGUUCACAGGAGACGACGCAAAGUGUCCAGGAAUCUGGGUGUUUCGUAAGUCUCCGCCGUCGUUCAGAAACAAAAUAGCAAACAGACAAUUGGAGCAAUGUGAGUUGCUGAUAAGUUCCUCGGCGAAGGCGGAUGAUAAAUCACUGCCUGAUGAAAAGAAAACAUAACCAGGGAGGAAAAAUUAAAAACAGAAACCAGAGCAUAAGAUAGAAAAAGAAAAAUCAAUUUCACAUUAUUCACGUGCACUCAAUAAAAACUGGCAAAGCAAUUGAUUUAACUGCAGUGUUUUAAGACACUACGUUCUGAGCUGCUGUGACCCAAUUUCUUGACUCAAUUAGAGUUAAGCUAACGUUAAAACUGUUUAAAUCCACAGCUGUAUCCAUUGCACUUAUCAAAGGUCCAUUGUGCAAAGGAGGGCUAAACUGAGCAAUGUAAUGCCAUUAACUGCUUAUUCGCUAGACUUAUUCCAACUGCGAUGAAAACAAAGCCGGUGCUCACCAAAGCCUGAGCACUUUUUGACAUAGUCAAUCAGUUCUUUUAUUCACGUUAAUAACAUGGGAGACAUUAAGAAAAGAGACAGAAGGUUAUAUCAAGACAUUUAUGUGGAUGAAAGUAAAAGAAAAAAAAGAAAACAAGCUCAAGAAGAAUUCAAUUGUCUAUAUCAGAAAUGUGUUUUCACCCUAAACCAUUCAGUGCUUAACAACAGUAAAUGAUUACAUACAUACAGGAACCCAAAAUGUCAUCACUGAACCGGUCUCUUUUUUUCAGUGAGGACAAAGUAAAAAAAAAGUAUUUUAUGUUGUUUGGCAACAGGGAAAAGUAAAAGGCAAAAGGAUCUCUGACACCUGAAUGAGCUGCCAACACAAAGUGCAGCAUUUGUAGCUUAAGCAGCAAGAUGCAGUUGGAUUUAUCCAAGUCCCCUCAUGGACAAAAUGUCUUCCACUAGCCUUGCAUUGGUUUGUCGCUACCUGUAGCAGUAGAAACGAUCUGGACGACACCAGUUGAUACUCGACCGAUCUACACGACUUUGGCUCGUACGAGACAUCGACUCUUUUACUUGAGCGGUUUUUUUUAAGCUCUGUACAGCAACGUAGUUUUCGAUCUUCAGUUAUUCUCAAAAUAACCAAUUCUGUAAAAUAAAAGCUCUGCAAGCAUCCGGCCUCCUGCAAACGACAGGCACACAAGCCCACAUGGACGGGCCGGUGCUCCUGCACUGUAAAUACCUGACGCACCAUAUAGUAUAUCGAGGCUUCACUUGCCGUCUAAUGUGCAUACUCUUGCUAUGAACUUUUUGCUUAUAUAUUACAUUUGCAUGAUCCCAUGCUCCACCUCAGUGUUCGGGAAUUUGUAGACUUCCUUUCACUCCUUUCACUUUAUUUGUUUGUUUCAGUAUUUUUUUUUUGGGAGAAUUCAAAGUUCAUUCGGGAUCCAGUUAGUCAAAUUCCUUCUGAGAUUCCUCCUGUUGAGCCACGCCUCCCUUACUGUGGUCACUAGAGUGCAGCAAUCAAAGAGACUUAAUCAAAGCUGUGAUAGAAUCGGGGGGGUUACUAUAUUUUGUAUUGAGGAUCCAAAGCUGUUUGUAGCCAUUUAGGGUUUUAGAAGAAAUAACAGAGUGGUCCACUAGUUUCGCCUCAAAUCUUCUAAGAAAAGGUUUCUCUCGUUUUUGCAAUGCAGUGAAUUGACCAAACCAUUGUUUUUUGCCACAAAUGUAUACUUAAAUUAUUUCCCAGACCAAACUAUUGUGUAUUAUAUAUUUCUCUACAGUAUAAAAUCCUAUCCAAGUGAACAUUAGUUGGAAUUCAUUUGCUUGAUUAUGCUGUUUACUUUUCUACAGUUGACACUGCAUCACUUCAGAACAAUAAUGCAACUUGGAAAAAGUAGUGCCGACUUGCUGUUUGUUGGAAUUUACGGGAACCUGCAACAGUUGAUAAAAUAAUCUAAAUUUGAACAAUUUUGAGAAAUUAAAACAUUUAGGAUCUAGGAAACAAGGAACCACUGACAGGGUCCCACAGUAGCUUAUCCCCAUUCUGAGACGCAGUGUUUUAGGGAGCAUAAGUGAUGUGGGAAUGAUCACAAAUUGUCUUUGUUGCACCUAUAAACGCACCAAACAUUGAUAGAAAACAGCAAACUACCGGGUCUACAACAAAAAUGGUUUUAUAUCCAAGCCAAUGCGAGUGGUUCAUUUAAAAAUGACCAUGAUAAGAGGGGGAUUGCUGCACACUGGAUUAACUUGCAAACCAAAGAAACUUUUUAAACUCCGUGGAUUUCUUUUUUUUUUGUGAUUUGCACAAAAUGAGCCCUAAAAGCAGCUUACAUCUUAUUGUUGGUCGGUACAAUCCAAAACCUGGGCAAUACAUCUGGAUAUGCAUACAUUUUUUAACAGUUAUCAUAUCAGACAGGGCACCUUAAAGCAAAAUCAUUUUAAUUUUUUCAUUCAUAAUAGACCAGGACAAUCCAUCCUGCCUGUUGUUAUUUCACUGCCGUACCCACAGGCAGCAGAAGCACCUCAGUGCGGCUGACACACUGUUCUGACUAAAGCUCUUGUAGUUUAUUUUGAUCGUUUAAUCCAAAAACAUUCCCUUUUUUAAUUGUUUGUUGUUUCAAACAUUUUAAAACGGGGCUAUGCUCUUGUGCCAUUUUCACAUGUAUGUAAGUAUGUCUACAUUGAAUGCUACAUUCAUCAGCUUUCCUUUUUUUGUCGCAAGGUAAAACCAAAACAACCUUUUUCCUUUUUUCUCCCUCCUUGAAAGCAAGAAUAACGAGACUGGUAUGUUUUUACUUUCAAUGGCAGGCGCUUCGCAGGUUCAAUUUGUUUCUUCUCUCCAGGAUCUUGCACUUAACACAUGUAGCAAUACCUACAGGAUGGGGAAUUGUGUGAUUCACCAGUAUUUGUUCAAGCGGAAUAUGACAUUUUAUUUCUAGAUAUUGUUUGACUUUGUAUAAAAAAACAUAUACUGUACAGAUGCAAAAGUAUAUUAUAACAAAAAACUUUUAGAAAAAUAUUUAUUUUUACUGUUUUUUGUAAUUUAGACACAAUACUGUAGCUCCUCUAUUGCCAGACUUACUGGAAGUGCCUCUCGAUAAUGUAUUACAAAGUAACUAUACAAAAUUAUUAUUAGAACCUGUCACUAGCAGAGCAGUGUUGAUGUUGUAAUGUGAAUAUUGUUGAAUAAUACGAUUUAUAAAUGCUG